AUGGAAAGAUGUUUAUUUCGUAUGCGUAUGGAUGUAGAUUACAAUGAGUUGAUAGAGUUUGAGUUGUUAGCGCUGGCUGAGCUUCUGGGUGUAAGUUCUGGAGACUUUAAGUUAUCCUAUUACAAGGACGAAAAUAUCACUUGUAAACUCUAUUCUCAGUCCUUGACUGAAUAUUAUCUCAAUUGUUCGCCUGGAAAUCCUGUUUCUGAUUUCAAAAGACUUGAAACUACUGACCAAAAUGUCUUUCUCUUUGGCAGUGUUCCCUCAACUGAUAUAGCUAAAGCUAUUUUUGAUCGCUCAAUACUUAACAAAGAAAUUAUAAACGUAUGGGCUGAGUGUGAGAAUUAUGAUGAGAUAUUGGACUACGUGUUAAAUGAAUGUAAAGCUGAGAUGGAGUCCCACUUACUGGGUAAAAGCUGGUGUGUAAAGUAUAGUAAAUACAACAAUAAAUCAAAUUCCGAUGACAUAAUUAAAGUUUUGGAUAAAUUAUUACCAAUUUUUCAACAUGCUGGUGAUGUCGAUUUAAUUAAUCCAAUCACCAAAAUCGCCAUUAUCGAAAAAUAUAAUAUAAAUAAGAAGACUUGUGAGAAGAAAUUGGAUAGGAUAUAUUUUGGGAAUAUAUUAUUUGAGCGUAAUGACAGUCCCUGGUGGACCAAUUAUUGUCUUUCUAAUAGGCCGAUUUUAGGUCCAACUUCUCUUGAAAAUUCACUUGCAUUUAUUCUCUCAAAUUUGGGUAAAGUGAAGACUGGGAGUGUUGUUUAUGAUCCUUUUGUUGGCUCUGGUGGUUCAUUAAUCUCAUCGUCGAUCUUCGGUGGGUAUUGUAUUGGAAGUGAUAUUGAUAUACGGAUAUUGAGGGGUUGGGGGAUUUCUUAUAUAAAAAGUAACACUUCCGAGUCAAAUGAGAAAAAUAUUUUCGUCAAUUUUAACCAUUACAAAUUAUUGGUUCCUGAGAUUAUUCGAUUUGACAUCAAACACUCUCCAUUCAAACAUUCUAAUGGAUGGGUUGAUACCAUUAUCACAGAUCCUCCUUAUGGUACUAAAUUACUCUUGGACAAUUCCUACUAUAAACAUACUAUAAAUAUUAAUUUUAUAGUAGCAAGUUAUAUGAAUAAUAAACUGAUGAAAAAUAUAAAUAAUAAUUUGAGACAUAAAAAUUGCCUUGAGUUAAUUACGUUUUUACUACAAAUUGGUCUCAAUGUGCUAGUCAAGCACGGCAGACUCAUAUUCCUACUACCAUCGCAUGUUAACAAUAUAGACGAGAGUUUGAGCUUAAUAAACUGUAAAGGCUAUAAAGUGGUUUACGUAGGACAACAAUUACUGACUGGAGGUAACAAGCACUAA